UCCCCUUAAACGCUUCAAUAUUGCGCAUAUAAACUGUAUUUUAUACAGAUUUUAUAAAACUACUUUGUAUGUUUGUUUGGACUGUUAAUCUAAAGGCUGGUGUACAAAGAAAAAAUGGCACAAUGAUGCAGUCUGGUGAUGUUCAGGAAUAUCAAGGAAUCACUCUACAUUUGCUGCAAUACUGUAUUUAAAAUAUAUGAUUGUUAGAAUAUGAAUAAUUAAUGUUUAAUUCUAUCCGAAUUUUGAUGAAACUGUAGCUUUGGAAAGAAAGAAUUGAUACCUUGAUAUCAUAGUUUGUACAUCCUAUAUAUACAAUAAAUUUUGGAAUAUUAUAUUAUGAAGAACCAGAUCAUCAUGGUCAUGUGAUUUGAAUAAAAGCACCUGAAUUUCAUGAUAUUCUUAUCCAAUUAGAUAAUAUAACCAGGUAUCUUCAGAGUAAGAUAGAAUACGAUCUUAACAUUGUUCGUUUGAGUGAUUAUGGAAUGGUAACUAUUAAGUUAGUCAACGACACAGACAUUUUCUCUGACGUAAAAAAUCUGAUAAUCGUAAAUCAUAACUUGGAAUAUUUUGAUUAGUAAGAUCGUAAGAUAUUUGCUCGAUUCUGGGAAUGUGGCAACGAAGGCAAUUUCAACCGUAGGAAAAUACGGAGCAUCCGUGGUAAGGAUGUGGUAAAGAAGAAGUUGAUUCCCCAAGAAAGAGUAACGAAGUGUCAAUCUCUCUCUCGAGUGCGUAAAUAUUAUAUACAGAGAGGUACCACAUAUUAUUGACGUAUAAUAAUUGUUGCGCGAGUGUGAAGCAUCACUAUCGAAACUUACAAAUUAUUCGUAAAAGUGAGCAUCGUUGAGUGGCAUUUCUCAGUUAGCCAUCAAGCGUACAAGUAGAAGAUUCCUAAGAUUUACGUGAUUGAUUUCUGAUAAUUCGGUGCCUACAAAUCAAUGACUUUUAAGAUGAAUUAAAGUUGCACAUGCAAACACGAGCAACCAGCUUUCACUGUAAAGGUAACUUUUAUGUAAUGUUGUACGCGCAAAAGUAUUUCUUUCUGUUACCACGCUAUUGCUAUUUUGUAAACUUUAGUAGCACAACUAUCGGUAAUGUGCGAUAAAACAUGCUAUAUAAUAGAUAAUUGUAAGUGAAAUGACAAGGUGACGGUAUAAAUAGGUACUUCGACGAAAGUUGGUACAAGUGUAUCUUCGUUUCUCAGGAUUGGCGAGGACAAUGACUGGCUUCAAGAUACUGUUCGCAUGUUUGGCGUUAAUUGUCCUUCUGCAUCCAUCAGUUCAAGCGGGGCGCACUAAAGCAACCUCGAAUGUGCCCUUGCGUCCACCAUACUGUGGUUUCAGCAACGCUACGCAUACCAGGGUGGUUGGUGGUAGACCAGCUAAACUCGGUGCUUGGCCAUGGAUCGCUGCAUUAGGUUAUAUUGAUUGCGAUGACCCAAAUGGGGAACCGCUAUGGGGCUGCGGAGGUUCCCUGAUAUCGGCUAGGCAUGUUUUGACCGCAGCACAUUGCGUAGAAAUUUUUGGAUUGUACGUAGUUCGUAUCGGGGACUUAGAUCUAGGACGAGAUGAUGACGGAGCCCAUCCUGUUCAAAUAGAAAUCGAAUAUAUACUAAAACAUCCUGAUUAUAUUAACGGUUCACACAAUGAUGAUAUUGCUAUUCUUAAACUGAAGAAAAAUGUUCCAUUUUCAGAGCACAUACGACCUAUUUGUCUCCCCAUAGACCAGCCCUUACGAAAUAAAAACUUCGAGAAUUUCCAUCCUUUGGUUGCUGGAUGGGGAACGGUAGGAUUUGGUGGAAAUUUGAGUGACGUAUUACUGGAAGUACAAGUGCCAGUGAUUAACAACGCCGAAUGCAAGAAACGUUAUUGGCCAAUUGAUAAGCAGCGUAUCACCACAAAAGUAAUAUGCGCCGGUGCGGAAGGAAAGGAUGCUUGUCAAGGUGACAGCGGCGGACCACUGAUGAUACCACAGCAAUUCACAUACUAUCAAAUAGGUAUUUUGUCCAGUGGUCACAGAUGUGGCACUGUUAGAUUUCCCGCCGUUUACGCAAGGGUCACGUCGUACUUCGACGACUUCAUUCUGCCAGUGUUGCAAAAUUAUUAGUGCCUCAUAAAUAUCAUUUUUCGUGUACGAAAAGUAAAGCUGGAAUUUAUUAUUGUGGAGAUAAGAGCCAGCUCAGACUUACUGUUUUGUAUGGCACGGAUUAUAGCCUUAACAUGCACGAAAUGUCACCUUGAAGCGACACUAAUCUUUUACACACGCUAAAACUGCACGACUUAGAUAUGUAAAGAUGAUAAAUGAAAAUUAAUUAAAUUUCUAUUAAUUUUGGUAAUAAUAAAUCAACUUUCGCAAAGCUUUUAUAAAUCUUGUUUCUGAUGUAUCAAGAGCAUAUAUUUCACUUAGAACGUACACUCCUUGUAUGUAUAUGCAAAAUUUCGGACUAAUCUAAAACACUUCAUGAGAUAGAGAGCUUCUGGAAGUUCGGACACAGAGAGUGCAUAAAAUACAAGAUAAGUCUCGUGUCUUCCAAAACUAUUUUGUAUUCGCUAAAAACGUCCUGUGUACUCAUGCAAUCACGUGCAACCUCGAAACUUUACGUAUUUUUUAUCACUUUCCAAUUCAAUAAACUGUUUUUGCAUUUUUGACUAUAUGUAAGAGAAAUUUCCAUUCAGCCAAAGGUACACUUACAGAUUACAGAUUCCUAUGCGAGGAUCAGUAAAAAUUUAUCCGCACUCCAGAUAUUUAAAACUUCUGUCGGCCGUAUUGUCCCAUCUGCACUCUUCGUAUGACGUCAGUAUCUGUUCAGUGACUGCUGUGUAGGUUUCAUUGUGUUACGUCAAUUCAUUUGUGAUCGCUGGGCGUGUAACAAUGGCUGCCGCAGCUGUGAUUUGCAGGAGAACAGUGCAGGAUGCAGUGAUUCGUUUCUUGUGGUCGGAGGCUAUGUUUGCUGCCUAUAUUUAUCAAAGACUUCAUGCACAUUCUGGAGAAAGUGUUUUGUUGCGAAGUGUGUUUGAAUGGACACAGAAGUUCAAAGAAGAUCGCACAAAUGUCAUGAAAAAACAGCCGGACGCCCGUCUACAUCCACGAUGACAACAUUGAACGUGCUCAUGAGCUUAUUCUGUGGAAUAGACGAGUGACACUGGAUAAUGUGGCAGAUCAUUUGCAAAUCAGCCACGGCUCUGCUUAUGCAACAGUCCACGACAGAUUUGGGUUUCAAAAAGUUUGUGCGAGGUGUCAAAAAAGCUGAUGAAGAGGCGAAGAUGAAGAUGAUAAAGUGUAUACAGAAACUGGGCGAUUAUGUCGAAAAAUGAUAUUGUUAAUCUAGAGGUUGGUGUACAAAGAAGAAGUGGCACAGUGAUGUGGUCUGAUAACAUUUAUAAAUAUCAAGGAGUCACUCCUAUAUUUGCUCAGAAUUUUAAUGAAACUGUGCCUUGGGAAGGAAGAACUGAUACCUUGAUAUCAUGGUUUAUACAUCCUACAUGUACAAUAAAUUUUGGAAUAUUAUAUAAUGAAGAACCAGAUCAUCAUGGCCAUGUGAUGUGAAUAAAAGGACCUUAAUUUGAUGAUAUUUUUAUAAUGUUGGAUAAUAUAACUUAGUAUCUUCACAGUAAGAUAGGAUGACAUGGUUUACAUGGUCUUAAUGUUGUUCACUUGAGUGAUCAUAUUAUAAGGAAAAGUUUAAUAUCACAGGUAGAAUGAUUCAUAACUUAGAACUACUAACUCAGAGAUGUAUUAAAAAUUAAAGAAAUAUAUUAAAUUUUAUGGGAUAUUCAUGUUUAGUAACCAGUAAUUCAGAGAUUGGUAUUCGUGGUUACUAUAAUGAGGCUAUAGAAACGCGCCCUUUCUUCUUUGCAAAUGGUCUUGCAUUUAUGUCUAAGCCGAAACUGAAACUUUGAAUAAUUUAGAUUCAUUCUUGUUAUUUUGUAAAAUACUUGAUCUAUAGUAUGCCAUAAGGAAUGACACUGUAUCACACCAACCAAGUGCUUUAUGAAACAUCAACAGGGUAUCACAGUAAUCGCGUAUUGACUGAUAUUUGUAGCCACUACAAUAUCUAUGACAUUGGUAGUAAUUAUAAGAACAAUAAUGAUGUUCUAUAAGAGGAAAUGAUGAUUAGGAACAAAAACUUACAGGAGAUAUCAUCUGGUGGAUGGAUAAUAUGUAAAAAAUAUCAAGCAGUAUACGAAUUUUCAUAUUGCAUAGAGAUAACAAAAUGAAAUAAUAAUAAUGAGAUAACAAUUAAAAAAUGUCGACAUAGUAAUAAGAAAUAGCAUCAUGACAAAGAAUAUAUAAACAAUCUCAUUUUUUAUAAAUAAAGUUUCAUUGUUUCAGAUUUUGAAAUAUAGUGGAAUGUUUAAUUAGUAUCUUAAGAUCUUUAAACAAUUAUUAUUUUAGAAUCAAUUGUAAUUGCAUCAUACGUACUUUUGAAUUUGUACAAAAACAUAUGUAAUUUUGAACUAGUUAUUAUUAGGAAAUUGUUAGAUGCGAACAGUAAACGAAAAGUUGUAGUAUAGUAAUUAUAAAUCAAAACACAAGAAUUAAAUUCUUUAGGAAAAAACAAAAGCUGAAUUUCUUAUUUACAUGUUUACAAAGAAAUCCAUAAUAAAAAGGAGUUGCUUUCUAAUACUUCUCUUCCUUGUAAUGCCUAUGUUAAUAAUAACGAGGUUCGACUUUUUGUUUUUAGAGGGAUACUGGAAGAUUUGAAAGCACUGUACCAUUGCGAAGAAAAUCACGAUAUUGAAAACGAUACUUGCAAGUAAAUUUCUAAAAAAUCUGUUUUCAAAUUUUCGCUUUCUAUUUCACAUUAAAAGAAAGGGCUGUCUUCUUUUUCUGCAAGACAAAACAAAUAUUCUGAAUCUCGUAUCAAUGAAUUAUGUUAAUAAGUUAUUUUUCUUUUCAGAUUAAACAAUAUUCCAGAUUUAUUCAUAAUUUCAUACUACGCAAAGAAUAGACUUUCAUAUGUAUAUAAAGCAAAUAUUAAGUAUAGGAAAUCUCUUUUUCAUUAUAGGUGACAUAUGCUUCACGGUUGAACGUAUUUUUGAACACAUAUAAAUGAAAAAGUACUCUUGUGGAAAAAAAAAAUUGAUACCUUCGAUUGAUAUUAGAAAACGUAUAUAAACUUAUGCACAAUCACUAUCAGUUUAUAUUUUAGGUGUACACACAGAUUUGUUGGAGUUCUCAUGAAAUGUACUUCCUGUACGAACGUUUUAUUCUUCCAAAUUUUGUGAUACUAUGUCUCAUAUAAUAUGGAUUAAACGUAAUAUAAAUGAUCCGAAAAUUGACUCGAACGACAUUAAUUGUCUUUCUAUUUAUACCAAUACUAAAAAUACAAGUAAAGCUGGAACAAUAGUAUGCAGGAAUGGACUAUUUAUUAUUUUAAACCAAAUCAUAACAUUAUAUUCAGAAUGCACAGUAUUAUUAUGAAAUGUAAAUGAAGCAGUUGUAAACGAACGAUUUUACUGUAAAAUCAUUGCCUCCUUUCUUUCAUCUGAAAUAUAGUAGCAAGUACUCAUUCUUUUAAUAUAUAAUAAAACGAGAUAUCUUUAAAAAGUUAUAUAUGUCAUCACUGGUAACUGUUAUCUCGUAUGACACCAAAUAUAUCAUUAGUAUGGAAUCAUAUUUUUAUGAAGAUAUACUUUACUGAUAAAUUUGGGAAAUGUUAUAUAAGAAAAUUAUCUCUUGUUAUUCUAUGAAGUGUACUAGCUAAUGAAGUUUAAUUUUAAGAAGAAUUAGAACAAAAGAGAAUUAAAAAAUUAAAAAGAUCAAAAUAAGA